ACACACAGCCAAUAGUGCGCUCAAGUGCUGUGUGCAUCACUUGUUAGACACAAACUGAUACAAACCAUCAAAUCAUCGUGUAUGCUGGCGUGUGCAUACAUCAGUUGACUGCAUUGGUUGUUGAUUUCUCAUGGAUUUUAUGAAUUUUAUAUAUUUUUCUUCAUUUUUUCUUCGAAAGUAAUUAAGUUAAAAGAACGCAUCACGAAAUGUUUGCCCUAACGAAAAGCGGAUGCCGAAGAUUUAUGAUAAGCCGUGGAGGAGUGGCACUAGUACAACAAUUAGCUAGAAGUACUGUGGCUUUGUAUGACACCACCGAAUAUCAAUAUAUGCAGAUUAGCAAAGUGCCAACAUUGCAUUUUCAAGCGUCCUUGCCCCGUUUACCUAUACCAAAACUCGAAGACACAUGCAGAAGAUAUUUGAAUGCUCAGAAGCCACUGUUGAACAAUGAGGAGUUGCAGAAGACAUCAUCCUAUGUCUCAAAAUUCCUCGCUGGCGAAGGACAGAGCUUACAAAAGCUGUUACUCCAAAGCAAUGCUGAGAAUCCACAUACCAGUUAUAUCACUGAACCAUGGUUUGACAUGUAUCUCCAGGAUCGAAAACCUUUACCGAUCAACUACAAUCCUUUUUUAGUUUUUGUGCCAGGAACUGAUCCAAAGUAUGAUACCCAAUUGGUAAAAGCAACAAAUUUAGUAGUAUCUUCGCUGAGGUUCUUGAAGUCGCUCAAAAAUAAUAUUUUAGAGCCAGAAGUAUUUCAUAUGAAACCUGAGAAGUCAGAUACUCAAUUGUUUCGCAACGUCACAAGACUGAUUCCAUCUCGCUUUAGCUGGUAUGGUGCUUAUCUAUUUAAGGCUUUUCCAUUAGAUAUGUCCCAAUACAAGAAUCUAUUUAAUACAACAAGAAUACCGGAGUUAGGAAAAGAUAGAAUCUUUCACGAUCCCUCGGCCAAGCACUUGGUUGUAAUGAGGAGAGGUCAUUUUUAUACAUUCGACGUUUUGGAUGCGAACGACUCCAUUCGUAGUCCUAAAGAAAUAGCUGCAUGCCUGAAAACUAUUUUGGAAGACGACAGGCCACUGAAUAGGUAUCCCGUGGGCGUUCUUACAUCAUCGGAAAGGGAUCAAUGGGCACGGGCGCGUUCACAUUUAGUCGAAACGGGGAAUCGGGAAAUUCUUCAGAAAAUCGACUCUGCUGUAUUUGUAAUGAUCUUGGACGAUGAAAUAAUCGGUACCGAAUAUAACAAGUUAAUUAAAACGUAUUUGCACGCAGACGGUACUAACCGAUGGUUUGACAAGUCGUUUUCCCUCAUUGUUUCCAAGGAUGGUUACGGCGGAAUCAACUUUGAGCACUCAUGGGGAGAUGGUGUUGCGGUACUCAGAUUCUUCCAAGAUGUGAAAGGUGAUAUAUCGAAAAAACCUAGAUUUCAUCCUAACGAAGUCGAUGAGCUCUCUAAAGAAAGCGUAAACGUAGAGAGAUUAAAUUUCUCUAUUGACGCGAAAAGCGAAAGUAUCAUUGAUCAGCAAAAAGCUGAUUAUCAGGCGUGGGUGAAUCGACUGUGCGUUGAUUUCAUAAUUAACGAAGAGUUUGGUAAGGAUCAGUGUAAAAAGCUCGGGGUAAGUCCGGACGCCGUGAUGCAGCUAGCAUUCCAGUUGGCGUUAUAUACCCUAGAAGGCAAAUUGGUACCAACUUAUGAAUCUUGCAGCACAGCUGCAUAUAAACAUGGCAGAACAGAAACCAUCAGACCUUGUACACUGGAGACUAAAGCAAUUUGCGUCGCUAUGACUCAAAAGCGAAUCGAGCUUUUUAAAUCAGAGCUAAAAAAAAUGAUACUCGAUUGUAGCAAAGCUCAUAACGUGCUUACGAAAGAGGCCGUAAUGGGCCAAGGAUUCGACAGGCAUCUAUUCGUUUUGAGAAAAAUUUCAGAGAAAUUGGGUUCAACUAAGCCGAUCAUUUUUCAAGAUCCAGCUUACGAUGCCUUAAAUUAUAUAAUAUUGUCUACAUCUACUUUAUCAAGUCCAGAUGUAAUGGUUGGUGGAUUUGGACCAGUAGUACCUGAUGGCUAUGGAGUUGGAUAUAUGAUUCAAGACAAUCGUUUGGGUUCAGUCGUAACCAGUUAUGAGGGCAGUCGUAACGCUAACCAAUACAUACAAGCACUAGCACAUGCGUUCAAGAGCAUCCAUGAUGUAUUACACACAUAAUACAAGAAUUAUGCUUAUGUAAUUUGCUAGAUAUAAUUGGUUACAUCUUUACUUGAAUAUAUUCUUAUCGAGAUCACUGAUAGCUACGUAAUAUUGUACAUUUACAAGAAUGUUUAUAAUCAUGUUAUUCUUGUCAGAGGUGUAAGUCUCCUUUUUAUAAAUUUUUAAACGGAGAAUAUCAAUAAUCACGACUACAACCUCUGAUCAGAAAUUUUUACAUAAAUUGUUAAAUAUUUUUAAUAUACUUUUUAUUAAAGGA